GAGAUAUUUCACGGUCAAUGUCUGUUUCUUUUUCCUUUUUUGAUUUUUAAUUUGAGCGUGAUCAGUAGGGAAUCGGCGGCCAAAAGGCGCAGGAAAUCCCAGGAAUAAAGUAAGAAGGAAAGGAAGGGAGAAAGAGAGCAAAUCGAGAUAUGGAAUCCGCUGCCCAACGCCGGCUGCGAGCCAUCUCCGGUCAUCUCAUCGCCUCUAGCGAUCCGGAUAAGACUUCUAACCUUAGCAUCAACACCACCGUCGGCGAGUUCGUGCUCGCACAGGGUUACAGUGUUGUUCUUCCUGAGAAAUUGCAAACUGGGAAAUGGAAUGUUUAUAGAUCCGCAAGAUCCCCACUGCAGCUAGUUUCUAGGUUUGCAGAGCAUCCUGAUAUCGCAACACUGCAUGAUAAUUUUGAACAUGCUGUAGAGACCUUUCGAAAUUACAAAUACCUGGGUACAAGGAUUCGUAUGGAUGGAACAGUUGGGGAAUACAAGUGGAUGACCUAUGGAGAAGCCGGCACCUCUCGGUCAGCAGUAGGAUCUGGCCUUAUUUAUCAUGGAAUACCAAGGGGUGCAUGCAUAGGACUCUAUUUUAUAAACAGACCAGAGUGGAUUAUUUUGGAUCAUGCCUGCUCAGCAUAUUCUUAUAUAUCUGUGCCUCUUUAUGAUACACUGGGACCAGAUGCGGUGCAAUAUAUAGUUAAUCAUGCAUCAGUUGAAGUCAUUUUUUGUGUACCCCAAACACUGAGCACUCUACUUAUCUUCUUAUCUCAGAUGUCAUCUGUUCGUUUAAUAGUGGUUGUUGGUGGAAUAGAUGAGAAGAUGCCCUCAAUUUCUUCAGCAACUUCAGUGAAGAUUAUUACUUAUUCAAAACUGAUUAGUGAAGGGCAAAGUAAUAUUCAGAGAUAUUGCCCACCAAAACCUGAAGAUGUGGCAACUAUCUGCUAUACCAGUGGUACAACUGGGACACCUAAGGGAGUUGUACUUACUCAUGGAAACUUGAUUGCAAAUGCUGCUGGAUCUAGUAUGAGUGUCAAGUUCUACCCCUCAGAUGUGUAUAUAUCAUAUCUUCCUUUGGCCCAUAUUUAUGAGCGUGUUAACCAAAUUAUGGUGACAUAUUUUGGAGUUGCAGUUGGUUUCUAUCAGGGGGAUAAUUUGAAACUGAUGGAGGAUAUGGAAGCUCUAAGGCCUACCCUGUUUUCUAGUGUCCCUCGAUUAUACAACAGAAUUUAUGAUGGUGUGAUGAAUGCGGUGAAGACAUCUGGUGGCUUGCGAGAGAGGAUAUUUAAUGCAGGCUACAAUGCCAAGAUGCAAGCAAUAGCAAAUGGAAAGAGCUCGUCACCAAUUUGGGAUAGACUAGUAUUUAACAAAAUUAGAGAAAAACUUGGAGGCCGUGUCCGAUUCAUGACUUCAGGUGCCUCUCCAUUGUCGGCAGAUGUUAUGGACUUCCUAAGAGUCUGCUUUGUUGGUUUAGUUCUUGAAGGCUAUGGGAUGACAGAGACAUCUUGUGUCAUAAGUGGAAUGGAUGUGGGCGACAAUUUAACUGGUCAUGUUGGUUCUCCAAAUCCUGCUUGUGAGAUCAAGCUUGAAGAUGUUCCUGAAAUGAAUUAUACAUCUGAUGAUCAACCGUAUCCCCGUGGAGAAAUUUGUGUAAGAGGUCCAAUCGUGUUUCAAGGCUAUUACAAGGACGAAGUGCAGACCAAGGAGGUAAUGGAUGAGGAUGGAUGGCUUCACACAGGAGACAUAGGAUUAUGGUUACCUGGAGGACGUUUAAAGAUCAUUGACAGGAAAAAGAACAUUUUUAAGUUGGCUCAGGGUGAGUACAUCGCCCCAGAAAAGAUAGAGAAUGUAUAUGCCAAAUGCAAAUUUGUGUCUCAAUGCUUUGUCUACGGUGAUAGCUUCAAUUCCUAUCUAGUUGCAGUAGUUUCAGUGGAUCAAGAUGUAUUAAAAGCUUGGGCUACAUCAGAAGGAAUAAAGUAUGAAGGUCUAGCCCAGCUCUGCAGCGACCCACGGACAAGGGCCGCAGUCCUUGCUGACAUGGAUGAUGUUGGAAAGCAGGCUCAGCUGAGAGGUUUUGAAUUUGUGAAAGCUGUCACUUUAGUUGUGGAGCCCUUUUCUUUAGAAAAUGGUCUACUUACCCCAACAUUCAAGAUAAAGAGACCUCAAGCAAAGGCGUAUUUUGCCAAGGCGAUAGCAGAUAUGUACGCCGAGUUAGUUAAUUCUGAUUCGUUACAUCAGAAACCAAAAUAAAUUGCAUCAAAAUUACACGCCGAUUUAUCUUGGAAGCUGAAGAAGUGGUUUCACAGACCCUACAAAAUAAAAUUAAUCGUGUUUGAAUAAUUGCGUGCGAUGCUGUAUUGGUGGCUACAAGUUUCGAGAGGAUUCUGGGGUGGGUAGGAGAUUUCAUCGUCGUUAUUUUAUCCAAUCGAUCUUUUAAAAGUUUAUCAUGUGCCAACGUGUCAUAUCGUGAGGAUGGAUAUUGUGGUGCAUGUAUUAGUCUACCCGUUGUUAUUUUGACGCUUCAAAUAUAUUUAUUUAUUACCUUCUGGGCACA